GGACCGGGUCCCGGGUUCCUGGACGCGGGUCUGUUCGGCUGCUGGUGGAGGUGAGAGCGGGCCGCUCAGCUGGCUGCAGCCGAGAUGAGUGCGCCCUCCGCGGGCAGCGGCGCGCCGUCCUGCCGCUUCGCGCACUACUUCGUGGUUUGUGGCGUCGACACCGGAACCGGACCGGAACCGGACCAGGCGGCAGUUUUGCAUCAGUGGCUUGAAGCAGAGCGGUGUGGUGGACAUCCAGACGAUCCUACAGCAGGUGAGAACUUUGAGCGGAGCCCCCUGAAGAGGGCGUUCAGGUCCAAAGUUCUUGCUCACUACCCUGAAAACGUGGAGUGGAACCCCUUCGACCAGGAUGCAGUGAACAUGCUGUCCAUGCCUAAAGGCCUGUCGUUCCGGACGCAGGUGGACCGGCGUCAGCCCCAGUUCCAUUCCUUCAUCAUCACAAAGGAGGACGGCUCUCGAACAUACGGCUUUGUGCUCACCUUUUUUGAGGAGGUCACCAGCCCACAGAUCUGCUCUGCGAUGCACACGCUGUUCCAGUUGCACGGUGCAGAGCGCCGCCCUGCCAGCCCCACUGCUUCUUCCUCCUCGUCCAGCGUGGACUCUCUGGCCGGCAGCCUGGAGGCUGUGGACUUUCCCACCUCCUCCUCGGCUUCAUCCCACAGGACAGGAAGCUACGACUCCUCCCGGGACACUCUCUAUGUGUCCAAGGCCCUGUGUCUGAUCACGCCGAUGCCCUUCCUGCACGCCUGCCGCCAUUUCCUGAUUCAGCUGCACAAGGCCGUCGCAGUAGCCAGCAGCCCCCCGCUGCCGCUGGAGAGCUACAUUUACAACAUCCUGUAUGAGGUGCCGCUGCCCGCUCCAGGACGCUCCCUGAAGUUUCAUGGAGUGUAUGAGCCCAUUAUCUGCCAGAGGCCUGGAACUGGGGAGUUGCCAUUGGCCGACUUCCCGCUGGGGGAGGCCUUCAGACUGCUCGGUGUGGAGAACCUGGUCCAGGUCUUCACCUGCACCCUGCUGGAGAUGCAAAUCCUCCUCUACUCACAGGACUAUCAGCGGUUGAUGACUGUGGCUGAGGGCAUCACGACUCUGCUGUUUCCCUUCCAGUGGCAACAUGUCUACGUUCCCAUCCUGCCAGCUUCCCUCUUCCAUUUCCUGGAUGCUCCAGUUCCCUACAUAAUGGGUCUGCAGUCCGAUGAGGGCGCUGACCGCUCCAAACUGGAAUUGCCUCAAGAGGCCAACUUGUGUUUUGUGGACAUUGAUAACUGCUACAUCGAGCUUCCAGAAGAAGUCUUCCCCCAGUUCCCCAACAAGACAGACCUUAUCCAGGAGCUCACCGCGGUGCUGUUUAGCUUUGGUGUUAACGCAGGGCCUCCUCCACAGACACGCAGCACCGCCCACACUGCCACGAGCAGCGUGCCAUCCACGCCGGUUUGUGAAGCUAAGACCACCAUACUGCCAGAGUUGGAGGACAACAGGCAGAACAGCAACCUGAGAGGGGAGGAUGUUGCUGUGCUGGAGCUCCUGCAGAGAAACACCACCCUGGAAAGACUGCCAGCAUUGACCAGAGGGGCCGGGGUGACUGUAACCCCUGUAGAGGUUCUGACAGCCGGAGUCGAGGGUCAGAGGGCCGAGGGUGAAGAACAGGAUGAGUUAAGGAACGCUAAGCUGAACGUCGAACUGAGGGAGGUAUUUGCCAGCCGCUUCACUGCCAUGUUUGCUGACUAUGAAGUGUUUGUCAUCCAGAACACUCCAGAUCUAGAGUCCUGGCUCACCAGCAGGGAACAGAUCCACAACUUUGACAAGGCCUCGUUCCUGUCCGACCAGCCGGAGCCCAACCUGCCCUUCUUGGCACAUUUCAUUGAGUCCCAGAUGUUUGCUACGUUCAUUGACAAUAAGAUCAUGUCCCAGUGGGAGGACAAGGAGCCUCUUUUACGAGUCUUUGAUGCACGCAUCGACAACGCCCUCCUGUACAAUGACCGUGCUCCCAGCCUUCGAUCCCCCACCUACCAGAGGGGCACCACCCGCAAGGACUACGCUGGCGCCGUAGAGCAGCGGCUGAAGAAGAUCGACCACAACGCCGUCCUUCCUCACCUGUUGGACAUGAGGAUCGGCCAGGGCAGACACCGGCAGGGGUUCUUCCCCAACCUGAAGGCCGACGUGCUCAACACCGGCCCUACCAAUAACAAGUGGUCCCACAGAACCAUGGCAGCUCAGCUCAGGAAGGAUCGGCACCAAACGCAGCAUCUUCCCAUCGUCGGUGACCUCGGAGAGCGCUACACGCAGGAGGCUCGUAGUCUGGGACAAAGUGUGCGCCAACCCAAACUGUCCAACCUGUCCCCUGCCAUCAUCGCACAGACCAACCGAAAGUUUGUGGACGGACUUCUGAAGGAGUGUCGCACAAAGACCAAACGGAUGCUGGUGGAGAAGAUGGGCAGGGAGGCGGUGGAGCUGGGUCAUGGCGACGCCACCAUCACCGGGAUGGAGGAGAACAUGCUGAUAGCCAGCCUGUGCGAUCUGCUGGAGAGGAUCUGGAGUCACGGGCUGCAGGUCAAACAGGGGAAGUCGGCCCUCUGGUCACACCUGCUGCACUACCAGGCCCGAGUAGAAAAGCUGCUCCAGCAACAAAGGCAGUCAGCAGUGUCACAUGUUCCUCAGAGAAGAAUGUCUGACUGUGCCUCACUGAUGCGGUCCCUCCAUGUUUCUGUCACUCAGGAUCUGAGGUCGGUGCUUUCAGAUUGUCAGUUAACACUCAUGAAUGUCCACCUAGAAAAAAAAUUGAAGAACUGCUCUUCAUUUGUGAAGCUGUACAAGCGUUACGCCUUCCUUCGCUGCGAGGAGGAGAAGGAGCAGUUCCUCUUCCACCUGCUCUCUCUCAACACUGUCGACUACUUCUGCUUCACCGACGUCUUCACCACAAUCAUGAUUCCGUACCGCGCUGUUAUCAUCCCUAUCAAGAACCUGAGCAACGCCAUGACCACCUCCAACCCCUGGGUUUGCGUGUCCGGUCACCUCGGGGACUCAGGCACCAUGGGGAUCCCCAGGAAUGUGUCUGAGAUGACAUUUGAGUGUCAGAACCUGGGCAGACUGACCACCGUGCAGCUGGGUCACGAUAACGCCGGACUGCUGGCCAAGUGGCUGGUUGACUGUGUUGUGGUCCGCAACGAGAUCACAGGACACACCUACAGGUUCCCCUGUGGCCGCUGGCUCGGUAAGGGCGUGGACGACGGCAGCCUGGAGAGGGUUCUGAUUGGAGAGCUGGUGGCAAGCAGAGAGGACGGCGGCGGGAGAGGCGACUGUACACCGCCACUACAGUGUUCACCUUCUCAGAGCCGACACGGCAACAUGACCAUGAGCCGAGGACACAAACUGACUCCAGCCCAGAUCCAAGAGGUCGUUGAGGAAGCAGUGAACAACAUCGUCAAACACUUCCACAAGCCUGAGAAAGAGAGAGGCAGCCUGACUGUCCUGCUGUGUGGUGAGAGCAGUUUGGUCAGCGCUCUGCAACACGUCUUCCAUCACGGCUUCAGAGCUGCUCGCUUCUUCCACAAGAAUGUUUUCGUCUGGGAUUUUGUGGAGAAAGCUGUUGCUUACAUGGAGUCUGCAGAGCCUCGUGGGAGCUGUCAAUCACUGUGUGGCUACGUGUCAGCAGUCAGCUCCGCCCCCAGGAGCAUCGGCAAGGACGGCAAGUUCCAGCUGCUGGUCUGCCUCGGAACCAGAGACCGCCUGCUGCCUCAGUGGCUCCCCCUGCUGGCAGACUGCCCUGUGAUCCAGAGGAUGUACGAGGACACCGCCCUGCUCCGGGACCGCCACGCCGUCACCGCUCUGAUUGGAGUCCUGGAGACGCUCCACGACUUCCCAGUCACACUGGAGGCUUCACUGGUCAAAGGUGUUGACCUUUGACCUGUCACUCUGUGGGGUCAGGAGGACAUGAAGCAUGUGAGACAGGACCAGGAACUGUUCCUGCAGAGUCUUCAGUCCAAACUGCAGCCGUGUGUUGAGUUUGAACAACAGCUGCUGAUACUGUCAAACAGAAACACUGCAUCUGCAGCGCCACCUACAUCACACACCUGCUGCUGCUAGCAGUCAGGGAAGGCGUGGCGCACAGCCUCUGAGCGUGCCACGGACCCGGCUGCAGAUUAUUUAUUCUUCUGGUCUGUGUGUCAUCAGAGGACCAGCGCGUGUCCACGAGCUAAACCCCUGUCCUCUGACGGGGGGGUCCAUGCUGCGGCGAACACCCGCAGCCUCCUGAAUUAGUCCCAGUUUGAAAUCCAAACCAGGAGGAGGUUUUGCCUUGACGUUGGCUUUUUAGUCCGUUGCUGUAUUUAGUUUUGGUUUUAUUGUGUGAAUGUAUAUUAUAGUUUGGAUU